AUGGAGAGGUGUUACAAAUUGCAUGGUUACCCACCAGGUCGUAAGUUCUUCACCAAAAGCACCAAUUCCGUUGCUCUUGCUAAACAAACUACAUUGUCCCAUGCUUUUGACCUUGAUAAGACUAGUGAUGGAAGAGUGGAUUUAACCCAAGCCCAGUAUCAACAACUACUAGCUUUGCUUCAGCCAAGGGAUUCUUCCGCUACUGCUCAACCUCCUUCACACCUAAUUCAGUCCAAUCUCACAUCUACCAAUCUACCUAACCCGCAACCCAACCUCUCUGAAAUCAUGAUCAUCACCACUCAUGAUCACAGUCAUGAUCCUGGUGUUUCUUCUAUCAGCAUAGUUUGUGAAGGGAGCUUAGACCUUGAAAAGAGUAUAAAAAUGUCUAGUUGUCAAUCAACCGGUGCUACAUCUACAACACUUGCUCCUGUAAGAUCAGAAGAUCCAACAUGGGCCCAUGCACGUGCAGUGCCAGGGGCAAGAAAUAAUACUGAAUGUUUAUACUGUAAUAAAAUAAUUAGAGGUGGCGGGAUCACUCGAUUGAAGUAUCAUCUAACUGAGAUUCCAGACAAUGUAGAGGCAUGUAAAAAGGUCUCUGAAGAUGUAAAAUGGCAAAUGAAAGAGUUGCUUGAUGAAAUGAAAAGAAGCAAAGAGAAGAAAAGAAAAAUAAGCUCAGAGAUUGGAGACGAUAUAGAUUUAACAUUUGAUGAUAUUGAUGAUAGUAAUAGUAUGGAGGGACAGUCUCAGCUUUCAAAAGGUAAGAGGAAGUCGGGAGAAUUUGGAACUAGAAAGUCAGUGGAGGGAUUAAGUAGAUUUUUUGCUCCAAGAACAACUCUUGGGGCCCAACCUUCAAUUAAGAGUUCUAUGUGUUCGAAUGAGAUGUUUGUAAAAGCAAAGAUGGCUGUUACAAGCUGGCGGUAUGAUUCUAAUCUGCCUUUCAAUGCGGCUCAAUCUAAGUUUUAUCAACCAGCUAUCGAUGCCGUGACUGCUAUCGGGCCAGGAUUUAAGAGUCUUUCUUUAUAUGAGUUGAGAGGAAAUUUGUUAAAAAUGGCUGUAAAUGAGAUUCAAGAUUAUUUGCAACAAAUUAAGAAGGUUUGGAAUGACACCGGUUGUACACUAAUGACAAAUGGUUGGACAAAUCAGAAGCAACAAUCAAUAAUCAACCUUUUAGUUUAUUGUCUGAAAGGUACAAUGUUCUUGAAGUCUGUUGAUACAUCUGGCCUUAGAAAAGAUGCUGAAACAUUGUUUAAUAUCUUUGAUGAGGUUGUUCAAGAAAUUGGACCUGAGAAUCUUAUGCAGUUCAUAACGAACACUGAUGCAAGUUAUAAAGCUGCAGGAAAAAAGUUACAGCAGAAGUAUGGCUCUUUCUACUGGUUCCCUUGUGCAGCUCAUUGCAUAAACUUGAUGUUAGAGAAUUUUUCUGAUCCAAGAUAUUUUCUCCUUAUUGAUGAUACUAUAAAAAAGAAAGAACUGAGACAAAUGUUUACUUGUGAUAAAUGGAUUGCAUCAAGUCAUUCUAAAAGCAUCAUAGGGAAAGAGAUAGCUGGAAUUGUUUUAGAAGAUAAAGAGUUUUGGGCUCAAUAUCAAUUUAUUGUUAAAAUUAGUGAGCCUUUGGUUCGUGUUCUACGACUUGUUGACGGGGAUGAGAAGGCUGCAAUGAGAUACUUGUAUGAUGCAAUGGAAAGAGCCAAAGAGAACAUAAAAGCAAGAUGUAAUAACAAAAUAGAACUUGAUCCUGAUGAUCAAGAUAAGAUCAUUGCAGAACUUGACUUGUAUAAUAAUGCAGUAGGUGAGUUUGGACAUGAUUUAGCAAUCCGCCAACGUGAUAAGCUUAAUCCAAUUGCAUGGUGGACCCAAUUUGGUUGCGAGGUUCCAACACUUCAAAAGUUUGCUGUUCGAGAGCAUAAAAAGGGAAGAGAUGCUUUAAAUCCAAUCAAUCUUGAAAAUAUUGACUUGAUGGAAGAAUGGGUAAGUGAAGAAUCUGAGCUUCUUGAUGGAGAAGAUUUGAAUUGGGCAAGUAUUGAGGAGCCAUUAAUCUCACUAAAUGAGGAAGACGUUGAUAAUGUUGGUGUUGAUAUUGAUGAUGGUGGUGACAUUGAUGAAAAUAUUUUGAUUAACAUGUCGAAUCUUGAUUCUUAUUGUCUUUUUGAUGAGGAUGAGUGA